AUGCCAAAUGCUAAUAUUAUGGCAUUGGCUCUAGUCGAUCUCAAAGACUGGACCACAGCAUACGAUAAAUCUAUUGCGCUUGUUGCUGCCAUGUCGAAUUCCGACAAAGUUUUGCUUGUCACUGGACAAGACGUUCCUUCCAUCAACUUUACUGCUCUGCGUAUGAACGACGGAUUUCAGGGCAUCGAGAACUACUUUUACGUAUCUGCCUUUCUUGAGUCGUCGGCUAUCGCCCAGACAUGGAAUAAAGAUCUCGUCAAGUCUCAGUUCCACGCUGUUGGCCAAGAGUUUCGUGGCAAGGGCUACAAUCUGAUCAAUGGGCCUACGACAAAUCCUCAAGGCCGAACACCUUGGAGUGGUCGCCUGGUUGAAACCCUUGGGCAGGACUCAUAUCUCGCCUGUAUCAACUUCGGCCUGGCGGUUGAGGGCCUACGAGCUGCAGGCAUCAUUCCUUGCGGUAAACACUUCCUUUUGAAUGAGCAAGAGACCAAUCGAUCCGAGGCGUACUGGGGCAACAAUGCUGUAACUUACCCUAGAAACAACACUGCAUAUUCCAGCAAUGCAGACGGCAAAACUAUCCAUAAGACUUAUCUAUGGCCUUUCUAUGACGGUGUGAAAUCCGGACUGGGUGCCAUCAUGUGCGCCAUGAAGAGGGUGAACGGUAGCUGA